GUUGGAGUGGAACCGAACGGCACAUUCUUAAAUGCAGGGAAGGAGGAGGGGUGGCUUCUUCUCCUCCAGCAACGGUACAAGAGCCAACGCCAGCACCAUCACUUCCCCACUCCCCCACUAGCCACUGCCCCUCCCUCCCUGCUUGAGCUUUGGCUCCCGCACACACACACACACACACCAUCUCUUCCUCCAUCCUCUCCUCACAGAGAAAGCUUGCAAACAGUGGCGGCUCUGCACAAGAGAUGACCAAAGACGAGGAUUUCAAGCUGGUCAAGAUCCAGACCCAUGUCCUGAGGGUGAACAUACACUGCGACGGCUGCAAGCACAAGGUCAAGAAGCUGCUCCAGAAGAUCGAAGGUGUCUACUCGGUGGCCAUCGAUGUGGACAACCACAAGGUCACGGUGACCGGCAGCGUGGACUCCGAGGCGCUCAUCAGGAAGCUCACCAGAGGGGGCAAGCACGCAGAGCUGUGGUCGCAUCACAAGGGCGGCAGCAACAACAGCAACCAGGGCCACAAGGGCGGCAACAACAACCAGCAGAAGCAGCAGCAGCAGCAGCAGCAGAAGCAGGCUGUCAAUGUAAGCAAGGAUGGCGGCGGCGGCAACAAGGGCAAUGGCGGCCAGAAGGAGCAGGGCAAGCAUGGCGGCGGCGGCGGCGGAAUGGGGAGCCUCAUGCAGGGCCUCAAGGCCUUCAAGAGCCAGCACGGCAAGCACCAGCUCCCUGACCUGAGCUCGGACGACGACGACGAUAUGUACGAUGAUGAGGAUGAUGAAGACGAUGACGAGUUCGACGAUGAGUACGAGGACGACCUCCGCUUCCUCGGGGACAAGAUGAGCCAGCUCGGCAUCCUCAGGCAGCGCGCCGAGGCCGCCGCGGCGGUCAAUGCCAAGAACAAGAACGGCAGCAAUGCCGCCAAUGCCGGCGGCAAGAAAGGUGCCCCGGCAGGGAACAACCACCAUCAGAACAACAACCAGAACCAGAAGAUGAACAUGGGCGCGGCUGCGGCGAAUGCCAAGAUGGGGAAUGGCGCUCAGAAGAACGCCGGCGGCGGCAUCGGUGGCCUCAUGGGCAUGAACCAUGGCCUGGGGACGGGCGGUGCUCCUCCUGGCAUACAGGCCUACACAGGCGGCGGCUUCAGCCACCCGUCCUCCUACGGCGCCGCCGGCUACGGAGGGCUCCAGCAGCAGCAGCAACAACAGCAGAACGGCAACCUGAUGGCGAGCAUGCAGGGGUACCACAACAACCCGGCGGCGGCGGCGGCGAUGAUGAACAACCUGAGGGGCAACAUGAUGAUGCACCAGCCGCAGCCGCAGCCGCAGCCGCAGAUGAUGUACCACCGGUCACCCCAGAUCAGCCCUUACACCGCCUACUACAACCCGUACAGCUACUACUACCAGCAGCCCGGCGGCGGCGGCGCCUCCGCCUACCACCCCGGCGGCGCCGGCACCGGCGACGUCGAGACCAUGUUCAGCGACGAGAACACCAAGGGCUGUGCUAUCAUGUAGGAGGGUUGUAGUUAGCGGUCACAGUGUAGAGCUUGGGUGAUGAGGAAUGAGCUAGUGGUGAUGGGUUGAUGCAGUCGUACUACCUUUUUACUAGUAUUUUGCUGCCUUAAUGUAAUGUUUUUCUCCUGUAUCAAGAAUGAAUGGAUCAUGGGUGUUGUUGACCUGGGA